AUGAAAUUCGUAAUUGUUCUUCUGGCGUUGAUUUCCAUCGCAGCGUGUGUUGAUAUCGCCAAUUUAAAUGAUACGAAGCCAACUUGUAAAGAAAAUGAGCAGGUGAUGGAAUGUGGGACUGCUUGCGAGCCAUCAUGCGAAGACCCUGACCCGGUCUUCUGCACCAAACAAUGCUUGGUGAACGUGUGCCAGUGCAAGAAAGGAUUCGUGCGAGAUCCAGCAUCCAAAGAAUGCGUCAAGCUUGAUCAGUGCCAAAAGACCGUGAAUUAA